ACUGCUCACAGCAUCCGUCCGUCCGUCCAUCCGUCAAUUACCGCCAGCAACAACGUACCAUAUCCCUGUCGGAGCGAGUUUCGAGACAAAAAAAAGGAUCUGUUUACAUUCGUCGUUCAACAGGAAAAGCCAAUAAAGCAGUCCCUUUCCGCGCUACGUAAUCGACACGACACAACGAAAGGUUCGACGUUUCACCACUCUCAAACCCCCAUCCCUUUCCCUCUUAUCGGGCACUCCACAUAACCCGGUACACGGCACACAAACAGGCACACGAGCGAGGUACCCCCGAUGACAGCAGCGACGAUGCUUGCCAGCGAUGCUUGAGCGCGUCCGGUUCGGUGGUUUCAGUGGCACGUACAAAGUAAGGGGCGCCGAGCUGGCUCGCGACAGGAAAACGCAAACGAAACCGGUGACCGUACUUUUCCUCGAUGAAAGUACGCACACGUUCCAUCUGGACAAGCGCGCCAAGGGCGCCGAACUGCUCGACCAGGUCUUCCAGCACGUGGAGCUGUCCGAGCGGGACUACUUCGGGCUACAGUUUCCCACGGCGGAAGACGCACACGCACUCACCAAUGGUGGCGGUGGUGGUGGUGGUGGUGGCAGCAGCAGCAACAACAACAGCAAGAGCGAUCCAUCGGCCGGUGGUGGAUCGAGCAGUGGAUCGAGCACCACCGGACCGAAUGGUAGUGCGAUCCCGGCGCCGCCGCCCGCCUCGUCAGCGAUUCAUUUCCCGACCGGACGGCAACCGGUACGGUGGCUGGAUCCGAACAAACCGUUCCGCAAGCAGCUAAACGAUGCGCGGACCACCAGCACGGUCGUACGGCAGCAUGCGGACGGUGGUCCACACGUGCCAUUGCUGCUGUUUCGCGUCAAGUUCUACGUCACCGAUCCGAGCCGGCUGCACGAAGAGUACACGCGGUACCAGUUCUAUCUGCAGAUCCGGCGCGAUGUCUAUCAGGGCCGGCUGCCCGUCACACUCAACACUGCCUGCCUUUUGGCCAGCUUUACCGUGCAAGCUGAACUAGGCGAUUACAAUCCGCUGGAGCACACGGUUGGCUACUUGAGCGAGCUACAGCUUUUACCGGAGCAGACGGAGGAAGCGGAGCAUCGCAUCUCCGAGCUGCACAAACUGCACCGUGGUCAGCUGCCGGCCGACGCCGAAUACAACUAUCUCGAGCAUGCGAAACGGCUCGAGCUGUACGGGAUCGAUUUCCACCGGGCGACGGAUUCAUCCGGCAAGGAGCUAGCGCUCGGUGUGUCAUCCCUCGGUCUGCUGGUGUAUCAGAAUGGCACCCGCAUCAACACCUUCUCGUGGUCAAAGGUGGUAAAGGUUUCCUUUAAGCGGAAAGAUUUCUUCAUUCAACUGGCCCGCGAACCGUCCGAACACUACGAUACGCUGCUCGGGUUCAGCAUGGGAUCGCACCGGAACGCUAAGCUGCUGUGGAAGGCUUGCGUCGAGCAUCAUUCAUUCUUCCGGCUGAAGAAACCACAUCGUUCGCCUCGUUCCUUCCUGCCACUAACGCUACGCUCCAAAUUCCACUAUUCCGGCCGCACCGAACUGCAAGCCGUCACGGAAAGCCGGCAGCGGGGCAAGGUGGCGAAGAUUUUCAUCCGUUCGCCUAGCCGCCGGUUGCUGGCCACCAUCUCACAACCACAAUCGCCUCUGCUGAAUGGUAGUGGAGCGAAUGGUGGCGGUGAUGGUAGUGGCGGUGCAUCGUGCAAUGAGGCAAGCAACGGGGGAGCAAACAUCAGCGCUUCCGGUGGUAACAAAAAUCAGCUUACGUUGCUAUCGAUUACAAAAGCCACGCGUACGUACGAUAAGGUCACGUCCAAAACGCCGUCGUCGAUGCCGCGUAAAGCCUGGGAACAGCAGACGGAUGAGCCCACCUUCAUCGAGCACUGUGCCCGCACGUCAAUGCCCAUGUACGACUCUCCACCCGCGUACGCCGGUCUGAACGGCAGCAAUGCAAGCAAUGGAAUCGCCGUGGACGAUGAGGCGAAUGGGCUGGUCACGAUCCAUCUCGUAGCCGACGAGCAGGGUCGUUUCGGAUUUAACGUAAAGGGCGGUAUCGACCACGGGCUGCCGAUACUGGUUUCCCGCGUUGCACCGCACACACCGGCCGACAAAAGUACACCGCGCGUCUGUGAGGGUGAUCAGGUGGUGCGGAUUAACGGACGGGACGUUAGCACGCUGGCGUACGAGCAGGUGGUUAGCUUAAUACGUGCCUCGCGGGAGUAUCAGGGUGGUGAACUGCUGUUAACACUGAAACCGAAUGCCUUAGUCGAUUAUACGGAGGAAGAACCGCUGUACCAGUACGUGCCGGAGGAGAACGAUAUCGUGCGCGGGGCCGGUGGACUGCUGAACGGUGAUCAACUGUUUACACAAUCGUUGCUGCUGCUGCGCGACGGAUUAGCAUCCGGGGCACUGUUAGCCCAGUACGAGCAGCUGUACCGGAAGAACCCGGAGCUGGCCAUUACCGAGGCACGCAAAAACGAAAACAUUGGCAAGAAUCGUUACCGUGACAUAUCACCGUAUGACUGCACCCGCGUCGUACUGCAGCACGCGGAGAGUGGCGAUUACAUUAACGCCAACUACGUGAACAUGGAAAUACCGCCCGCCCGCAAAACGAACCGUUACAUCGCCACCCAAGGGCCGCUGCCGUCCACGGUGAACGACUUUUGGCGCAUGGUGCAGCAGGAAAGCAGCCAUCUGGUGGUGAUGCUGACCACGGUGAAGGAAAGCGGCAGCACCAAGUGCCAUCAGUAUUGGCCGUCGGCCGAUGACGAUCCGCUCGUACCGUCGGCCGGCUUUUCGAUCAGCUGCCUUACGGAGAAACCGGACGAAACCGGUAGCUUCGUGUUUCGCGAUCUCGUCAUGACGGAUGAGCGUACGAAGGAGACGCGCACCAUCCAGCACAUGCAGUAUCUGGCCUGGCCGGACCACGACGUACCGGCGGAUCCGAAUCUGUUCCUGCAGUUCACGGAGCGGGUACGAUCGGCCCGGGAAACGACGCUGCCGUUGGAGAUUGAGGCAAGCCUUAAGAAUGUGAAGCUGCGCAGCGUGGACGAGAACGGUGGGCUGGACAAUUCCGAGCGUCGGAUCGUGCACACGGACAGUGACGAUAGUCCGAACGAUAUGCCGUCCUCAACGUCGGUGCAUCAGUACAUUAGUGCUUCGAACCCGCCCAUCAUCGUACACUGUUCGGCGGGUAUCGGUCGCACUGGAGUGUUGAUACUGAUGGAUACGGCGCUAGCGUUGAUGGAAGUACGGGAACCGAUAUAUCCGCUGGACAUUGUACAAGCGAUGCGCGACCAACGGCCCUGCAUGGUACAGAAUGUGAGUCAGUACCGGUUCGUGUGCGAGUGUAUCUGUGCUGCUUACCUGCAGCAAGUGGCGAAGGAACAGGAAGCACUUUCGGCCCCGAGCUCUCCCACCGGCACGUUGGAAGCUAGAAAAACGACUGCAGCACCAAAAUCCGUUCCGAGCAUAGCAUCGCCGGAGGAAACGGCACUCGAUACGCCGGCGGACGGCGAACGCAGGGCACCGCUGGCGACGGAAACGACAAGCCUCAGUACGGCCACCGUAUCACCGUCCAAUGGACACCAGGCAGUGGAGCAUUAGACACUACGUAUCAUCACCACACCACAGUUCGGAAGAAUAUCCGUAAUCGGUAUUAAUUUAUUUCAAUUUUCGUAUAUUACUAUAUGGUUUCUUUCCUCGACCCGAUACCCGCUGAAGCGUGUCGCAGCGAGGGUUUAUCGUUAGAAUCGUUCACCAUCGCCGGCGCUGUGGCGUCCUUUAUGCGGGAUCCCACAGUUGGACCAUCGUCUUGACAAUUUUCCUCAUCCUAUUCAUUAACCUUUGUGUUCGGAACCAUCACCAGCGAGAAGCAAUAGCGAGGGGCGCAUGGAACAUAACGUUUGUGAUCUAAACAGUAUACCGUUGUUGCGACGUAGGACGUAAGAAGCCGAAACAGCCGAACGACCCGAACAAUAAUUAUAGCAGGAAAACAAAACGAAAACAAAUCAAACAAAAGGUAAAGUGUAGUGUAACUUCUUUCGCUUUCAAUCUCAUUUUAUCCUUCCGUUGGAUCGUUUUUAACGUGCAAUUGUACACCACCACACGGAGAUCCGACGCAACCAAUCCGACCGAAGCCGAGACUAUAUUGAUUCGGGAAAGUAUUUUACACCGUUGCACUCACUGCUAUAGCCUUUUUGCCGAAUUUAUGUCCACAAAAAUGCAAGCAGUUAGCCCAUAGUUUUGUACAGCUGCGUUUGGGCGCUUUACAAAACUUUGUAUGGUGAAAGUUUAAAGAAAGGUUUAAAGAAACACACACCUCAAUCAAGUGCGCAUACAUGUACGGAAAACGAUAACAAAUAUCCAUUUGGUACAAGAUAGAGAGGUCACAUUCACACACACACACACACACACUAGAAGGUAAGCAGCAUUAUCCUAUAUCCGGACAAUACGCACAACAAUGACGACCGCAGAGGCAGAAACUGAAAUCGGGACAAUUUUUACACCAAAACCGGAAUACACCAAUCAAUUUUGUAACCGGACAUACAAAUCAAACUCCUUCCGACAGACAGCAUUAUUAUAAUCUAUGACCAGCACCCUUACAGCUACAAUCCUCUUGUGAAGUCACAGGACACACAACACAACAGGGAUGCUGUUUUGGCUUGUUAGAAGCAAUAAAACACAGUUGAAACAAAACAAGUCAAUGUUCAAAAGGAGUGAAAAAACGUAAAAAAAAGCAGACAAAAUCUUUCAUAAUUGACGAUAUAUUAGUGUGCGUUAUUUAGGGGCGAAACAAGUACUAUUACACUACUAUUAUUACUACCGAUAGGGCAUCCCCAAUUAAUAUAUAGCGAGCGAUACGCAGAACGCCGGCAGUACAGAGUGUUGAGCAAAUGUAUUCGAAGGUUAUGCAUAUUGGAUAAGAGAGAAAGCGAGAGAGAGAGUGGGAGAGUGUCUUAUGAUGAA